UUUGACAAACAAUGAAAACGGGACAAAUUAGUUAAGUAAUUACGAUUCCUAAAACUAGUGUUUAUUUCGGUAAACAAUAUGACUAGAGUCAAUUUAGUGAUAACAGCGUUAGUUUUCGUUUCAUGUGCAGUACUGGUAGUAGCACAAACAAAUGCAGUGAGUCGUUGCUUCCAAUUCACGUGGCUGGGUCCGCAAUUCAAUAACAACAGUGUGUUCCUCAACGCCACCUGUCAGGACGCGACCCGGCUGGCGAGAGGCGUGCCGUGCCAGCAGCCCUUGGUGGCAUCUUUCGACGGCACAUGGCCCGACGUGGAGUACAUUUGGACGCACCACUCACUGGAAGCCUCGUGCAUUUUGGGUCCUAACGAUGUCUGCGCGCAAUAUACAUACUACUUCAAUGAUAUAGCGGAAAACUCAACAUACAUGUGCACCAGAGCGGUCGAUCAGCUCGGAAACUCUAUCAACAGCGGCUGUUUCCAGUCGACGAACGGUAGCUCAGCCACUAGGGUGUGCUUCUGUCGCCUGUUCGAUCGAAUGUAUUCGGUGUUAACGAGAGGAAACGCUAUAUUAACGUAUACACUCAGCGUGCUAGCAUGCUUAACUUUCUUGUGUUUUCUAUCUACAUUAACUGUGGAUUACAGAACGAAUGCCCAAAUGAACACAGUAAAAGUAGUCGUCAAGAACGUGCCGGAUUAUGGAGUUUCUAGGGAGAGAAAUGAUCUUGGCUUCCUUACUUUCGAUCUGAAGACUGAUCUAUCCCAUUUGUUCAACUGGAACGUGAAACAGUUAUUCCUGUACCUCACAGCGGAGUACAUUACGCCCAACAAUGAGCUCAACCAAAUUGUACUGUGGGACAAAAUUAUUCUUAGAGGAGAAAAUGCUGUUCUUGACUUCAAAAAUAUGAACACGAAGUACUACUUCUGGGAUGAUGGUAAAGGCUUGAAGGGCCAUAACAAUGUAACACUAACCCUGUCAUGGAACAUCAUCCCCAAUGCAGGGUUGCUGCCCAACAUCAUGGCCCUCGGCUACCACUCCUUCCGGUUCCCCACCGAGUACACCCAGACCAGAGUGUGAUCAACAUUGCAACUUUGCUUUUAAAAGUAUCUCAGUAAAGUACUACGAUAGUUAUACACCUCGGCAA